AUGGCUUCGUCACUAUUAUUAUUAAAGGUGACUGGGAGAGUCGCCGGCCUAUUAAACACUACAUCUAAGGUACCAUGUUUAUCAGCUUUUGGCAGCUGGCGAUGGCGAUCAACAAAAGCAGCCACAUAUGAACAAGCAGUGUUGAACAUGCCAGAAACUAGGGUUACUAGACUUGGUAAUGGACUCAGAGUGGCCACUGAAGACUCAGGAAUCAUAACCAGCACAGUUGGUCUGUGGAUAGAUGCAGGAAGUAGAUAUGAAACUCCACAAAACAAUGGAGUCGCCCACUUUUUAGAACACAUGGCAUUCAAGGGCACAAAGAAAAGGAACCAGACAGAUUUGGAAUUGGAGAUUGAAAACAUGGGCGGUCAUCUCAAUGCUUACACAUCCAGAGAACAGACUGUGUAUUAUGCCAAGUGCUUUCAGCGGGAUCUGCCAAAGGCGGUAGAGAUUUUAGCAGACAUCACACAGAACAGUCUUCUCGGAGAGCAAGAGAUAGAGAGGGAGAGAGGUGUCAUCUUACGAGAGAUGCAGGAAAUAGAAACCAAUCUCCAGGAAGUGGUGUUUGAUCAUCUGCAUGCAAUAGCAUACCAGGGAACAUCUUUGGGGCAGACUAUUCUUGGACCUACAGAAAACAUCAAGUCCAUUACACGCAGUGACCUUUUGGAAUACAUAAAAACACAUUACAAAGGUCCUCGUAUUGUUCUGGCUGCUGCUGGGG